CCAGACACACACACCCUCAGUCAGCUGGGUAGUCCAACAGUGAGCUGACAGGAUCCUCCCCACCACCGUAUCGCAGCAGGAACUGCUUCAGCCAAGCCAUGGUGACGGGAAAACGCUCGUCGAGAGUCCGGCCAGCAGCCACAGGCACCUCAGUGGUUUCCACCUGCAGAACUCUGCCGCCGUUGACGUAAACUUCGCCGUCGACGAAGUUGACUACUAGCAAGACAGGUCCACCGAGCCCCUCGAGCAGGAAGACCAU